CCCCCCUGCUCUCGGCAAAUUAGGAAUCGGGGCUAAUUGUCCCCCGCUGCCCCCCCGCCCCCGGAACCUGCACUUCGCGUCUCGCCGUGCCUUUUUUUUCCUCCUCGCUCUUUGCCGUUUCUGCCUCCAAACGCUACUUUGCGUGGAAGAAGGAGAAGGGAAAAAGUUGGGAGCGGAUGGCUGUAGUUUCUUCUCUGGGAUCCUCAUUCAUUCCUCGCUGAACCUCCUGUUGCAUAAAUGAUGCUCCGGGAGCGAGGCUUUGCCUUUUUUUUUCUCCUCCGGAUUUGGGUUUAAGAGUGGAUGUUGCCGGGUUUGUGUGAUUUUGCUAAAAUGCAUCACCAACAGCGAAUGGCUGCCUUAGGGACGGACAAAGAACUGAGUGAUUUACUGGAUUUCAGUGCGAUGUUUUCACCUCCUGUGAGCAGCGGGAAAAAUGGACCAACUUCCUUGGCAAGUGGACAUUUUACUGGCUCAAAUGUAGAAGACAGAACUAGCUCAGGGUCCUGGGGGAAUGCAGGACAUCCGAGUCCAUCCCGGAACUAUGGAGAUGGGACUCACUAUGACCACGUGGCGAGCAGAGACCUCGGCUCACAUGACAAUCUCUCUCCUCCCUUUGUCAAUUCCAGAAUACAAAGUAAAACAGAACGAGGCUCGUACUCAUCAUAUGGCCGAGAUUCCAACCUCCAGGGCUGCCACCAGCUUUUUCCAGAGGAAAAAGUUGGGAUGAGGAAGCCAAAGCUCCAUAGGCAGAGCCUGCUCGGAGGGGACAUGGAGCUGGCCACGCCCGGGGCGCUGUCCCCCAGCAAGCCGGGCUCCCAGUUCUACCAGUAUGGGGCCAGCGCGCGCCGGAGACCCCUGCACGGCUCCUCCAUGGAAGUUCAGACAAAGAAAGUUCGGAAGGUGCCUCCGGGUUUGCCGUCCUCCAUUGGUAUUGAUACAGCCUCAUUUGCAUAUAAUUCUGCUAUUGACACAGCCUCGUUUGCAUAUAAAUCUGGUAUUGACACCACCUGA